AGAUUGCAGUCUGCUUGUCUCUGCAUGAGUAAACCUGACCAUUCUCGAGUUGUUGAUAUCUUUCCUCGCAUACGUACUGCAUCAGUUGUUUAUUAAACAUGUCCAAAAACACAGAUCGACGUAAAUCGUACUCUUCCGAAGAUAGCAGCGAUGAAGAGCGCCACCGUGACCUGAAGGAGCGUGACGAGUUUUCCAAGCGACUGAAGCAACGCGAUGAAAGCAAUACGCGCAAUUUAGCGGCAUCGUCUGACAAGCGCGGUGCCGAUGCCGCCAAACGUCUCCGGCUCGAAACGGCCGACCGGGAAAAGCUGCUGCCGGAGCUACGCAAACAGUCCCGCCGGCAGUACCUCGAAAAGCGCAAAGAGGACAAGGUAGCCGAGCUCGAGGCGGACAUCCGGGACGAUGAGUACCUGUUUCCGGAGGCCGAAAUUACGGAGCGCGAACGGCGCGACCGGGAACACAAGAAGCGUCUGCUGCAAAUCGCCAAAGACCAUGAGAAGGCCCGAGAGUUGGAGCGCGUGCAGCGCUACCGCAUGCCAAAGGAUGUUAAGAAGGGCGAAAUGGAGGAGUACGUCGAGGUGGACGAGCGGGAACGUAUGCCCCACUCGGAGCAGAAAAAGUGGGAAGCGGAACAGCUCGCGUCGGCCGUGUAUGGGUUCGGCUCGAAGGAUGCGAAGGAAAGGGCCGCCCAGCAGCAGGAGUACGAGCUGCUGCUCGACGAGCAGAUCGACUUUGUGGAGGCACUGCAGAUGGCCGGUACGAAGAAGAAGGACGACAAGCCGGAACUGACCGAGGCACAGCGGAAAAAGAUGACCAUAGAAGAAACGCAAAAGUCGUUACCAAUCUACCCGUUCAAGGAGGAUCUUAUUGCCGCCAUUCAAGCGCACAAUAUUCUCAUUAUUGAAGGUGAAACGGGCUCGGGAAAGACGACCCAGAUCCCCCAGUAUCUGUACGAGGCCGGAUUUACGAACGAAGGGAAGAAGAUUGGCUGUACGCAACCGCGGCGUGUUGCUGCCAUGUCCGUGGCGGCACGCGUUGCCGAGGAGAUGGCCGUGAAGCUCGGUAACGAGGUCGGGUACAGCAUCCGUUUCGAGGACUGUACGUCGGAACGGACCGUUAUCAAGUACAUGACGGAUGGUACGCUACAUCGUGAGUUUCUGUCCGAGCCCGAUCUGGCCUCCUAUGCGGUGAUGAUAAUCGAUGAGGCGCACGAGCGCACGCUGCAUACGGAUAUUCUGUUCGGUUUGGUGAAGGAUAUUGCUAGAUUUAGGAAGGAUUUAAAGCUGCUCAUUUCUAGUGCCACGCUCGAUGCGGAAAAGUUUUCGGACUUUUUCGAUAAAGCUCCCAUUUUUCGAAUCCCUGGACGACGUUAUCCGGUGGACAUAUUUUACACGAAAGCACCCGAAGCGGAUUACAUCGAUGCCUGCGUGGUUUCCGUGUUACAGAUACACGCCACCCAACCUUUGGGUGACAUCUUAGUCUUUCUAACCGGUCAGGAAGAAAUUGAAGCCUGCCAAGAAAUGCUGCAAGAUCGUGUGAAACGUCUGGGAUCGAAACUGAAGGAGCUGCUUAUAUUACCAAUUUACGCAAAUUUACCCUCCGAUAUGCAGGCGAAGAUAUUUGAACCGACGCCACCGAACGCACGCAAAGUGAUUCUCGCUACUAACAUUGCUGAAACGUCCCUAACAAUCGACAAUAUCAUCUAUGUUAUCGAUCCAGGGUUUGCAAAGCAGAACAAUUUCAAUUCACGCACCGGAAUGGAAACCCUGCUUGUCGUGCCAAUUUCGAAAGCGUCUGCCAAUCAGCGGGCAGGUCGCGCCGGGCGUGUUGCCCCUGGUAAAUGUUUCCGGCUGUACACGGCCUGGGCUUACAAUAAUGAGCUUGAAGAUAAUACCGUGCCGGAAAUUCAGCGUAUCAAUUUGGGUAACGCAGUGCUGAUGCUUAAGACGCUUGGAAUUCAUGAUUUGUUGCACUUUGAUUUUCUCGAUCCUCCUCCGCAUCAAACGUUAAUCCUUGCGUUGGAACAGCUGUACGCGCUCGGUGCACUGAAUCACCAUGGCGAGCUGACGAAGCUGGGCCGUCGUAUGGCCGAAUUCCCCGUCGACCCAAUGAUGGCUAAAAUGUUGCUGGCAAGUGAGAAGUACAAAUGCUCGGAAGAGAUCGUCUCGAUCGCAGCCAUGCUGUCGGUCAAUGGUGCUAUAUUUUACCGCCCGAAAGAUAAAAUCAUUCACGCUGAUACGGCACGCAAGAACUUUAAUCACAGGCACGGGGACCAUCUGAGCCUUAUGCAGGUGUACAAUCAAUGGGUCGAGUCCGACUACAGCACGCAAUGGUGCUAUGAAAAUUUCAUCCAAUACCGUUCAAUGAAGCGUGCGCGUGAUGUGCGCGAACAGCUCGUGGGGCUUAUGCAGCGGGUAGAAAUUGAGAUGGUGUCCGGAGAGUCUGACACGACGAAUGUACGGAAGGCGAUUACUGCUGGCUACUUUUAUCAUGUGGCGCGGCUUUCCAAGUCGGGAAAUUAUAAAACAGUCAAACACAAUCAAGACGUUAUGAUUCAUCCAAAUUCGGCUCUUUUUGAAGAUUUGCCGCGCUGGCUGCUGUACCAUGAGCUGGUAUUUACAACGAAAGAGUUUAUGCGUUCCGUUAUAGAAAUUGAGAGCAAAUGGUUGUUAGAGGUGGCACCGCAUUACUACAAGCCGAAGGAAUUGGAAGAUCCGACUAACAAGAAAAUGCCCAAAACGGUUGGUCGGGCGGAGAUGACUGCAAAUUCGUGAGCAUGUAGUGAUGUUGCUGGAUUGAACAAUGCCGCGUUAUGAAUUUGUUAAAUUUAGUUAUGCAAACACAGGAAAUGUGAUAAAUCAAAGCAUCAGCUUAUUUUAGCAUCAGCUUCAAAAAACACGACCGGCUCUGGUACUGGCUCUGAACCAAUGGCUCCGAACAACGGCUUGCAUCCAGAAGGGUCCAAACUAUUUGAAUCUAUCUUCUGGGGAGUAUGGAAUGUACACUCGUUGUGCAAUGACCAAAUUUACACCUCAUUGAUUGCUUUUUUCAUUGUUGGUAUGUUCUACUUCUGGUAUGAGGAUAUAACACUUUCUUUUUGCUUUGGAAUCAAUGGUAGAAUUGCAUUUUAAAAUUUGAAGCACAAUUACGGGAAAUGAACUUUAUGUGAUGGGAAUUGGACUCUUAGCACACUUUUUAGAUAAAUCCAAUAGGAAUUUCCAAAGAGCCAUGUCAACACAUGUCUACAGUGGGUCAACAACUGGAUCUAACUAUACAAAAUAGGACGGUUUGCGUUCGUUGGUAGCCAUUUUAUCUUUUAAAUUGUUUAAAUGUUACCGUAAUUUUGAAGGAAAAUUUCAAGUUUAUUAAAUUGAAUUUAUGUGUCCGGGCACAAAAAAAGAAGAAAAAUCGCGCUAUUGGUUGGACAUUUGUAGAAUAUGACAUCUAUCCUAUUAUGUGAGUACAGCAACAAGUAACAGCAACAGAUAAAACCAAGCUCACUAGCGGCUUAAGCAGAUUUAGAUCGAAAACAGUUGUUAUGUCAAAUAAGCAUAAUAUGGGAAAGAAGAAAAAAUCACCGCUCGACAAUCAUUAUGCCAUUUAUCAUCACAUAUUACCUUGUAACUAUCCCACUAUCAUCCCAUCCAAUAUUAUUCAUUGGAGAAGUAACAGUAGCACUUUAAGCUAAUGUUGUUCUUUCGUCUGUGAUAUAGUGAAUAUUAAUAUAAAUAAAGAAUUUCUUAAUUCAGAAGUAA